GAAAGAGAAAAAGAAAAAGAAGAAGAAAAAAAAAAAAUGAUGGAUGAGAGAAGGAGGAGCGGAGAAGGAACAGGAAAAGCGAUGAUAGCGUUGGUGAUUGGGAGUCUUGUGUACUAUCACUGCGCCUAUCGGAAUUCUACUCUUCUCUCUCUUCUCUCCGACGUCUUCAUCGUUCUUCUCUGCUCCCUCGCCAUUCUCGGUCUUCUCUUUCGCCAGAUGAAUAUACAGGUUCCCGUCGAUCCCCUCGAGUGGCAGAUUUCCGAGGAGACCGCCAAUGCGAUUGUCGCGUGGUUAGCCAACACUGUCGGCGCCGCCGAGUCCGUCCUCCGCGUCGCCGCCACCGGCCACGACAAGAGGCUCUUUCUUAAGGUCAUCCUUUCCCUCUAUCUCUUCUCUGCAAUCGGAAGAUUCGCUCUUGGUAUAACCGUUGCCUAUGCCGGGCUAUGCUUCUUCUGUCUUUACACAUUCGCAGAGUCUUCUCAAUCAAUUCGCUCCGCCCUGGCCUGGUUCUUCGGAAGAACAAAUGACAUUAGCGAAGAACAAGACACGAUCAUGUAACAAACCCCUUAUGGGCUUCACAUUGGAAACUACAUCACCCUAUCAAUCAUUUAGGUUAGCUUUGCAUUGCACUGAAUUGAAUUACUUGUACAUACGAUGUAUAUGUUCUCAAGACAUUUUCAGAACAUUGCUUUUGAAAGCAAUAUUCUAUACCAUGUUGCUAUUUCUUGAUGAUGUCAACUCCUUGUUAUGCAGUGUACAAAGCUGUGUUUAGGUUCA